CUGUAACUCUGAAAAUAGCUUUCGCUAGUGUUAAUAUAAACGUUCUUAUAAACACUAAGGCAUUUAAACAGAGAGAAAUGGAUAAGACAACAGCCGUUGUUAGCAAUAAUACCACAAAGACAGAUCUCAGCUUGCUGCUUGAGUGUCUGAAGUUUCAGAUGAAAUGUCCAGAUUUACAGAAACAAGCUCUUCUCACCAUUCACUCAAUCUGUGAAAAGGAAGAGGCUAAUGUGGACCAGCUGAGAGAACUGGGAGGUGUAGCAUUUGUGUACAACCUCUCUAAAUCCAGUAUUGUUCAUUCAGAUGUAAAAGAAGCUGCUUUUUUUACACUUGGCACACUAGCGGAGGCUAAUGUGUAUUGCAAGAAUUCUCUCUGCAAAAAGGAGUUAUUUGCAGACAUUGCUGGUUUGUUGACAAAAGAAGACACUCCGUUGACACAGAAGAGGGUGUCCGUCUAUUUGCUGUUUGUGCUUGUAGCCAACAACAAGUCAGGACAGACUUUAGCUCAAACUACUGGCUGCCUGGAUGUUCUACUGGACCUAUUCAGGACCUCUUUCCCCUUUGUCAAAGAUUUUAGUUUCAGAGCUGCUACUCAAACCUACCAACUAUGGGCAUCUUCAUCUAGUGCUCUCUGCAGCUGUGUCAACAAUCCUCAGAAUGAGGAGGGCCAGCAUAUUUGUGCUGCAGCCUUUCCCAUAAUAAAAUCCUGGCUUCAGCAGAUUUCUCUGCCCUGUGCUAACAUUUUUCAACCCAUAUGCUCGUUAAUUGCAAUGACAGUUGCCAACAACACCCGUGUUCAGGAGUGUUUUUCUGCUUCUGGGGGUUUGGAAACUCUUGCUCUUGCACUGGUUCGUCUGUCCUCUGCUGCAGAUACAAGUGUAUUGUCUUGCCAGUUGUCUGUUAUUAUAUCCAAGACCCUGUCAGCUUGCAUCACUGAUAACACUGUUUUGGCUUCAAGUCUGGCUCAGUAUGGCAUGGUGUUCCACCUUUUAACUCUGCUGACAAGUUCACAUCUGGACCCUGAUGACAGGCUCUCUGUGCUACUAAGCAUUGGGCUAUGCACUGAAGCUUCUAAUGAGCACCAGUCCCAGCUGGUACAAUGUGGAGGUCUGCCACUUAUCAUAACUUUUCUCACUGAGGACACAAGUGAGGAGGUCAGGAAGGCUGCAACGUUCAUACUGCAAACUUGUAGAAAUGCCACCAUGUGUUUAGGAGUACCUGGUGUGGUAACAGAACAGACUGGAAUUGAAGAACCCCUCACAGACAUUGAACGUUUUAGGAGAUCAGCCAAAGAAAUGUGCCACAGGAUUGACCUGUUAGAGAAAAGACAGCUGAAGGAGAUUAAGGAAGACAGAAACCCACCAAAUUCUACUAAAAGUGGAGGCCAGGCAUCUCAGUCCCCAGCUUUAUUUCAACCACCACAGACGGAAAAGGACAUAAAAACCAUCCAGAUGCUGAAGAAUGCACAACAAGGCUGUAACAUCAGUGUAAAUAUGGCUGAGAAAGAGAAUACCAGUAAAAUGAAGAAAUCUAACUACCGUUUAAAUCCUUGGGAAGAGAAGACAAAAAAGAAUGAAGGGGAUGUGAGGUGUUCAGAGUGCAAAGGAGGAUCUCCAGUGUCUUCUCAUGUGUGGUCACUAGAGAGAGGCAGCGAGUCACAUUCAGUGAACAAUCAGAUGUUUAAACACCCAUUCCCAGUCAAGCAGUCUAAACCAAAAGAGGUCAAGCGUACUGACGAGUUAUGGGACUGCGAGAAAAGUAGGAUGGAGAAUAUUCCAGCAGAGGAACACUCAGUCUCUCAUAUCCGGUGUGCAGGCUGUGUGUUAUCUUUUGACGACGUGACCAGUCGCACUUUUGCAUCUCUGCAAAGUUCUUGCCACAACAGCUGUGACAUGCACAGAGUUCUCCAAGGAGCCACAGAGCAGUUCAGGAUGCGUCACCUGAAUGAGAACAAAGUGUCGGCGAACACAGAAAUGAACCUUGUCAGAGCUUCAGCUGCAGAGUCACAUAAAUGCAGUGGAAACUGGACUGCAGGAAAUGGCAAGAUAUCCCUGCCACAACAAGGCUGGAGGAAGCAUGAUGGCAUCCUUUUGACUCCUCUUCACAGAAGAGCUGAAUUGCCGAACAACAGGAUUAGCUUGACUCCUCUAAAAAGGCAGCAUCUACAUGAAGAUGGAUAUCCAACAUCAGAGUUGGAGAGAAGAGGAAAGGGUAACAGUGGACAGUAUGCUGGAUCAAAGAUAAGCACAGUCCAUUGUUCCACUAGAAGGAAGAGGCAGGACUUCAGCAGUGAGGAGAUCCAAUACCUACUGUCUGGAGUAGAAAAAUAUGGCUUCUCCUGGAACUCCAUCUUGUGGUCAUAUCCCUUCCAACCUGGUCGCACCAACGUUGACCUGGCCAAGAAAUACAGGCGACUAAAGGUGACAGGGAAGUCUUUAAAUUAAGUAAUCUCUAGAGUUGGUCUCAGAUUGCAUUAACAUUAAAUACCUUAUUUUAACCUUCUGUUUUUGCAUCAGAAAUAUAAAGUUUAAGUCGAUUGGUGUGUGAAAUCUCAGUCCUGAGAUCCCAGGCCAGUCCACAGUUGAUGGUUGUCUGAAUUACAGUUGCUUGGAUUAAUUUAUAAGCCUUUCAUUCUGUUCUGUUCAAAACACUGCACUUACUUGAAAAUGAAAUGUCGGAUAUACUCAAGCUAUCGCUAAUAUAUUGUUUGUAUUUAGUUAUUUACUAUUUUGCAAGUGGUUGCAAUUCUUGAAAAAUACUUUCUGCAACAGGCUUUUAGUUACUAUUGAUAUUGCAAAUUGUUGGGUCAUUAUUUUAUUUAUUAAAAAUAUGUGGGUGUUUAUUUUAUGUUAACAGAGCUUAAUACACAUUGUUAAUGGAAAUAUAUUUUUUGACACUGUAUUUAAAUGUUUAUUCUUGCUGUUUAUAGUAAGUGUCAUUUGAGAAUAAAUCAGA